AUUUUAAUUUUUCUGCCCAACCCAAUCUUCUUCAUUGAUAAAGAAGUUUCUUAAGGUGAAGCUAAAAGAAGUCUAUGUAGAGAAAAAGCUGAAAGUCUAAAAAGCUACUAUCUCUAGAGAUCAAAAAAGCUAGCUUAUGAUACCCAUAUAGAAAAUAAUUUCUCCUUUUUUACUCUCUUUCACUAAUUUUCUAUACACAAUUAAAAAUCCAUUUAGGUCAUGUUUAAUUCUUCAUCAGACCCCUUCAUCACUUCCUCAGAGAUUAAUGAAAAUAAUUGUAUUAACAACAACAACAAAAGAAAAAGAAGGCCAGCUGGAACCCCAGAUCCAGAUGCAGAAGUGGUAUCUUUAUCACCAAAAACAUUAUUAGAAUCAGAUAGAUACAUAUGUGAGAUCUGUAAUCAAGGAUUUCAAAGGGAUCAAAAUUUACAAAUGCAUAGAAGAAGGCAUAAAGUACCAUGGAAAUUGCUAAAAAGAGAAACACCUAUUGUUAAGAAAAGAGUAUUUGUUUGUCCAGAGCCAACUUGUCUACAUCAUGACCCUUGUCAUGCUCUUGGUGAUCUUGUUGGUAUUAAAAAACACUUCAGGAGGAAGCAUAGUAAUCACAAACAAUGGGUAUGUGAGAAAUGUAACAAAGGAUAUGCUGUUCAAUCUGAUUACAAAGCACAUCUCAAAACAUGUGGUACUCGUGGUCAUUCUUGCGAUUGCGGUCGCGUAUUCUCAAGGGUGGAGAGCUUCAUAGAGCAUCAAGACGCAUGCAGUUUUGGAAGGCUACGAUCAGAAUCACAAUCUUUAAUACAAUUACCAUCAGCACCUUGCCUUUCUCGUACAGCUUCAAGUCCUAGCCCUUCAAGUGAUCACACAAAUAAUCUCAUCACUACAACUAAUACAAUCCCAUGGCCUAAUUUUAUCAUAAAUACUCCAAAUGCCAUGAUAAAAAAACACAAUUUAGAGCUCCAACUCUUGACUACUACUAGUACAACAACAACAUCUCCAUGUAGCCCCUUUGAUGUCUCCAUCUCAUCAAAAUCACGCGAUGAUCAUAAUCUUCAACUAUCAAUUGGUUCAUCGGAUCUAAGUGAGAAUAAUAAUAAUGACACGCACAGAUGGAGAAAUGAUGUAGAGGGGUUGAGGCAUGCGUUAGCUGAAAAAGUGUACGCGGAAGAGACGAGAAAGGAAGCGAGGAGAGAAAUUGAAUUGGCGGAGGAAGAAUUGAGUAAUGCAAGAAGAAUAAGGAGACAAGCACAAAUGGAAUUAGAAAAAGCACAAGUAUUGAAGGAAGAAGCAAUAAGGAAAAUUAAUUUUACUCUUUCACAAAUCACAUGUUAUGCUUGCAAACAAAACUUCCAACCUAAAAAGAUAACAACAACAAGUAUAGAUCAAAAUAUUCAUCUCAAGUAUAGUACUUGCCAAUAGUUGUACUAUAUUGUAUUUCUUCAUCUAUUUUGGAUUAUUUUCUUUUGUUACAUUUUUGGGUACUUUGUUUUUUGUAUGAAUACAAGUCUAGUGUGGAUGAUGUUGCAUGAUACUAUGAUGAGGUUAGGUACUUGGAUGAACAACCUAAUAAUGUGAAAGUGAAAUCUCUUAAAUCUCUUGUGGUAUGAAAAUUUGUAGGGCUUCUUUGAUUUUAUUA